GCAUCGCAUAUCGCUUUUCGCCCUAUUUGUCUUGGAUUGAAGUCUCUUAAAACUAUGCAGACGGAUUUUUUAAUUACGUAUUUUGUUUUUGUUAUUCAUCAGACAUUUUCUUUAACCUUACAUGACUUUUUCCCAUUUGGAAACCAACAUGGGGACACAGCCAUGGACAAAAAUGAUGAUGGAAGUACUGGUGAUAUAACUAUAUCAACACUUUUCCCAUUCUUUAAUCACCAGCACCCAAAACUCAUUGUUAACACAAACGGAGUAGUUUCAUUUCUCCAAACUGUCAGCACAUUCACACCUGACCCCUUCCCAAUACCUAAUGACGCGAGGAUGAUAGCACCAUUCUGGGCGGAUGUGGACACGAGAAAUGGGGGAACAGUUUGGUACAGGGAGACUGUAAAUUCUGCCCUAAUGGACAGAGCCAGCGAAGAGGUGCGAACUUAUUUCCCCAGAUUCUUCAGAUUCAGGGCUUCGUGGAUAUUUAUUGCCACUUGGGAUCAAGUCGCAUACUACGGCUGUAGCAGUCCUUGUUCAAAGAAGAAUACAUUUCAAGCAGUUUUGAUAACCAAUGGACAGCAUUCAUUUACUUUAUACAACUACGAGCAAAUUGUAUGGACGACGGGUACAGCAAGUGGUGGCAAUGCUAUUGGGCUGGGAGGAACUCCUGCACAGGUUGGGUUUAAUGCGGGAGAUGGUAUUGUGUUUUUCACAGUGAAUGCAUCGCGUACUUCGGACAUUAUUAAUGUUGACGAAAUGUCCAAUGUUGACAUACCAGGAAAAUUUGCCUUCAGAAUAGAUGCAAGUGAUAUAACAGACGGGGGGUGUAAUACAAGAGGUGACCUGACUAUAACCCCUCGAUACGGUCCACUUUUAGGAGGGCAGUAUCUUGUUCUCAGUGGCCCAUGCAUUGAGCCAACUGCAACCAUAACAGCUACAUAUCUUGGGUCACCAGAAACGUACAUCUGUGAUCGAAAAUCAGAAUUUAGCAUAGUAUGCAUAACUCCAAUAUUCCGACACACCGGGGAUGCAAUUAUACUGAUAGGAAUAGAGAGCAACGGCGUGAGGAAAACAUUUCGAGGUCUCUAUACAAUCUUAAACCCUGCGGAUAGCAAGCAUCGAGUGUAUAGGCAUAACUCUGAUGAAUGGUUUGCUGGACAGAAAUCAAUAUCAUGGGAGCCAGAUGCUUCAGAACUUCAGGAUAAUGAAACUGUCGAUAUACAUCUUUUCUCUUUAAAAGAGGAAAGCGAUCGUCAGUUGUCAUGGAAGAGUCAGGUUGUCCUUCGAGGUGUACAGCGAACCUCAGGAUCAGCAGUUAUUUCUGUGCCAAACAGUGGUUUUGCUUUGACUAUUAGGGUAACAUCUGCUACCAAAAGACCUGAACAGGCCGAUAGAGGAAUCUGGUCUGACAUAUUUCCCGUGGCCCUUCCACCGGAUCAAGCAUACAGCUUCUGUCACGAUUGGCUGAAAAGUGAAACACAACAACCCCAACUGUCGAAUAUUGAUGUUCAGCCAUGUCCCUGUACUCUUGACCAAGCUCUACUGGACAUAGUCAGAUUUCAACCCGAUCCAGAUUGCAACAUGUUCAGUCGUACAUCACCGCAUUCCCGUACUGGUAAUUGCCUGCACAGAAGAGACGCUACCCAUUGUAUUCGUUUAGUUAACUUAGGGCCACAAGGAGUCGAUAAUAUGUGCUGCUACGACAAUGCAAAUAAUCUAAUCGAUUCUAGAGUAAAGGAGGGAGGAAGCAUUCAAAGAUAUCAUUAUCUUGGUGGAUAUAGAGUGCAGCCGUACAUCACAAACUUCUAUUUUGACGUUCUACCAUUUCUUCACUGUUGUCGAUAUUCUCAAAAUGUCUACCAAGUUAUAGGAAGUGGAUCCUCCAUUGUUUCAAAUUUAUGUCCUAGUUACUUCAAACACAGAAAGUUCAGUUCGUGCAAGAACUAUAUCCCACCGAGACCAGCUCGGACCAAUGGAGAUCCUCAUAUCACAACUCUGGAUGGCUUUCAAUAUACAUUUAAUGGUGUGGGAGAAUUUGUCUUUAUGAAAACCUUAGACGAGAGAUUUCAAAGCCAGAUACGAUUUGAGCAAUUUCGAAAAGAAAAUGGAGAUUUGGUUGAUGCAAGUAUAUGCACUUCCUUUGUUUCACAAGACUCGAAUAAUUCUGUCGUCGUAGAAGUCCGCCUCAACUCGAUUAGAAUUGUAGACGUUUUAGUCAAUGGAGAUGUUAUUGACUUUGACGAGUCAAAUGCCCAUCAAUUUCAAGGUGUGACUGUUAUGACGCUUGAAACAAAUUCGACAAACUCGAACCUGACCAAAAAGGAGUUAAUUGUAUCUUUUACCACAAUGGGUAUCGCAUUCAAAGCUGUAGCGAGUUCCAAUGUGCUCAAUGUCCUUCCAGUUGUUGGAAAUACUUCACUUGCCGGAAACAUACAGGGAAUACUUGGAAAUUUUGAUGAAGAUCCAAACAACGAUUUAAAAUCUCCAACUGGGGAGAUUUUACAGCCAAACUCCACAGCAGAAAAGAUCUACGAUGAUUUUGGAAUAUUAUGGAGAAUACUAGAAAAUGAUUCACUGUUCACUUACGAACCGGGAAAGUCCUACAGUGACUAUCAAAAGUUAUCCUUCCGUCCCACGUUUGUAACACCAACAAAUCUCCCCCCGGAAGUUGAGGAGCUUUGUGGAGAGGAUGAAGAAUGCAUAUUCGAUUAUGCCAUGACUGGAUCGGCUGAACUGGCUGCCGAAACCCAACAGUUCACAAUGAUUUUUAAUACUUCUGUAGGAGCUUCAUACCAAAUAAAGAAUUGUGAUGAUUUACCAAGCGUAGAGGGAGGAGUUUGGAAUGCUUCAAGCACGAUAGAAGGGUCCAUCGCUACAUUUUCCUGCUUUCCCGGUUAUGAAAUAGAGGGAAGAAGCAAUGAAAUCACCUGCAGAAACACAUCAUGGGGUGAUUUUGGCAAUUUCUCUUGCAAUUUGAUAAUGACUAGCUCUACAUUUGACUCUACAACAGUUCUAGUAAGUACAGACAGCACUGUUGACUCAGUUACUACUUCUAUUGUGGAGGAAACAACGAUUUUACCAACCGAUACUAAAAGCACAAAAAGUAGUUCAACUGAAGGAACUUUUACAAGUACAUUACAGGGUACUGCGAGGUGGAUAACAGCUGAAACCUCAUCAACCUCAGAAGCCACCACCACUGGUUCAACUACAUCAAAUUUUCCUUCAACGGAAGAUUUAGCAAUUACAGUUAAAACCACAGAGAUUUUUACAGAGGAUUCUUCCAGUGCUGCAGCGUCAUCUACCACAACAGUAAGAACCACUGUUUCAACUACAUCAAAUCUUCCUUCAACGGAAGAUUUAGCAAAUACAGUUAAAACCACAGAGAUUUCUACAGAGGAUUCUACCAGUGCUGCAGCGUCAUCUACCACAACAGUAAAAACCACCGGU